GAACAUCGGAGUUCCUGCGGAUAGUGCAGGUGGUGGAGACAGCCAAAAUAGCGACUCCGUCGGACUUCUCCGAAAUCUUCGAAGACGUGGCGGAGGGCUGCGGGCCGGAGUUGGUGGGGGGGGCGAUGGUGACUCCAUCUAACAGAGGCAGCAGUCCUUAUUUGAUUUGUGAUGUGCUGCUGCAGUUUGCUUCUGCUGCUGCAUGCGACAGCAGCCUGCAGCAGCUGCAGGGGAGGAGAUAUGAGGGAAAGCCCAUUCAGGCCUUUCGAAUCGACCCCGAGGAAGCGGAGACCUUCGUCAUCCCCAUCAUCCGCAAGUGGAAGCAGCAGCAGCAGCAGCAGCAGCAGCAGCAGCAGGGCGGGGAGGAGCGCGGGCAGGAGGCUUGA